CACCACCGCGCUGCGUGCAGACAGACUCCCAACAGCCUUCCCACCUGCUUUCUCAACGAGCAUGGUCCUCGAUGGCGUUUCCUAUCCUCCCUCCCACUCGACUCGAGACGGCCCGUUACUCUCCUCUCUCCUCAGCCCCCAUCCCCCCGUAUUACUCGCAAAUCACUUUCCUGCUGGGAUUUCCUUCUUGCAAACCCCACUCUUCUCGCCUCCCUGAACACCCCUGUUCACAUUUUCCACCGGUGCUGUGCUCGAACGAUUGGAAAACAAUGGAACGCCCCCCAGCACAUCCUUGACCCGUUCCCGCGGGAUGGCGCCGCCAUGUUCACGUCGUCAAACCACGCCAGGCGUUGCCUAAAUAGUGCCACAAACUGCCUGACCUUCCCUGAUCCAGUCGACAACGCUCCGGCAAAAACCGCAUUCCUCGCGGCUAGAAAUCUGGUGGCUUGCCGUGCUGCAACAACUGUCAGGGCCAAGCUCCUCCCUACUUGUCGUCGCAUCAUCCUGCACUAUGAUGACCUCAAGGUUAGGAGAUUAUGACCAAUAAAAGAAGGCUGGGAUUGCCGAUCGACCUGUCAAGCCAGGUCCCAGCGGCGUUUCAGUAUUUCGCGAGUCACCACGUACCGAGUAAGGGUGAGAAGCCGAACCUUCCAAUGUGGAAGCUGAAGCCUUGAUAAGGUUAAGAAGUAUGACUUACUGAUGACCCCUGCCUCCAAUCACGGCCCCAUGUCCUCGCGCCCCCCUACAUUCGCGUUUCGACGUGUUUCGAACCAUCCAAAAGAAGCUACCUACGUACUUGGUACCUCGUACAAUAAUGUUUGUUGAGCUGACAGGCACUUACUCGUAUACCGGCUGCCUGGACGCCUCUCUUAUCCCCACAGCGAGUUGAGGUAUACUGCUGACAAGACUGGUAGGUGUUCAGCUGAUAUUGACAGGGCAUUGGUCGAAUCAUCCAUCCGGAUCCAGAGGCCAAUCAAGGAAAGAGUCCGACUCUCGUCUCUUUGGAUGCAAAGCCCACUGAUUCGGAUCGCGACAUAGCCGGGGCAGGACAACAACACCCCCGCAUUCUCCCGUCACUCGUUAUGUCCGGGCUGCGCCUCAAGAAUCUCAAAUGAGGGACCAGCAAAGAACUGGUAAGACGAGUACUCCAGAUGCCCGGCCCGUAAUACAAUGCCGAGGUCCUGGAGGGGUCUGAUCCACCGGUUUCUUCGAUUCUCUCGUGCCCCGCGACUGAACACGGAAGGAGGGUACAAAAGUAAUAUUUCAUUCGAGAUGCAUUAAUAAGACAGGCGUCCUGCCGAAAGUCAUAUUCUUCAGGAUAAUAAAGAAUUACACUCUCAACCUCUCAAAAGCCCCCCUGACCUUUUCAUCCCGGGGCAGAACAGACAUCGACCGCUAUCAUCAUGUCGUACACAGACAAGGAGUCUCUUCUCGCCCUAGGGCAGAUAGACCCCGAGCUCAAGGCGUUUCUGGAGAAAGCCAACCUACCUCCGCCAGACUACAGCAGUCUCGACGACUUCAAAGCCAUGGUGGACAAACGGAAUGAGGACGCCAUGAAACUCUUGGGCCAGCCUCCGCCGGAGGUCAAGCAGACCGAGUUAGAAUAUCCCACAGCAGACGGUACCAAGCUGCGUGCAAAGCUCUAUCAGCCAACAAACCCACCCAAGAACGGAAGCCCUUUAAUCGUCAUGUACCACGGUGGAGGGUUUUGCAUCGGCGCGCCGGAGGGCGAGGAGCAGACGUGUCGCAAUUUUGUCCAGGCCUUCGGUGCUGUCUGCAUCUCAGCCUCGUACCGCCUUGCACCGCAGUUCAAAUUUCCAUAUGCACCCAAAGACUCUUGGGACUGCUUGAAGUGGGCUGCGGCCAACGCAAAGUCCUGGGGCGCCGAUCCUUCGACCGGGUUUGUCAUUGGUGGCACCUCGGCUGGAGGAAACAUCACGGCCGUCCUGGCUCAUGUGGCGCGAGACGAGAAAUUGUCGCCCCCUUUGACUGGCCAGUACCUCGUCAUUCCCGCGGUGCUGCCUGAAGGCAAGGUCCCAGAAAAGUACAAGGAGUAUUUCCUGUCGUACGAGCAGAACCGAAAUGCACCAGUCCUGCCUGUUGCGGCGAUCGAUAUGUUCAUGAGAGGCUACGAGCCGGACGAAAGUGACGGAGUCUGGUAUGCUCCCUUCAACCACCCUAAAGGCCACAAAGAUCUGCCUACUGCCCUGUUCCAGAUUGACGGUAUGGACCCGCUGAGAGAUGAGGCCAUCAUCUAUGAGCGCGUGCUGCGGGAGGAAAAUGGCGUCAAGACCAAGAUGUAUGUCUAUCCUGGCGAGCCCCACGGACAUUGGGGAUUCUUCCCAUUUUUGAAGGCAAGUCAAAAGUUCCGUCGAGAGCAGGUCGAGGGUAUGGGUUGGUUGCUAGGAAGAGAGCCCGAUUUCAGUAAGGUCAUCACCCAGGCUGUGGCCGCGGGUGUGUGAAGCAGAAGCAUUCCGGUAUCCGGUAUUGCUUGUCAUAGAAGGGCGCCUAAGGGGCUCCGUCCCAGAAGAGAAGAUAUAUCAGACCCUCUUUAGAUAUCAUUGUUCAUUACCA